AAAAUUGAUUUUGCUGCUGCUGAGCGUGGACGCGGGCGGUUAAGACCUAGGUCGCGAGCUUCUCGCGCGCACGCUGCCUGGCCUCCAUCACCUGCUUCAUCCUGCGCUCUCUCUCGUGUCGCCCUUCGGAGCAGCAGCCGCCGCGACCGCCGCCACCCGGAAAGAAGUCAGAGACGCUGCGAGGUCGCUGCCACCGCCAUGCCCAAGAAUAAAGGUAAAGGAGGUAAAAACAGACGUAGAGGUAAGAAUGAGAAUGAAUCUGAAAAAAGAGAACUAGUAUUCAAAGAAGAUGGUCAGGAGUAUGCUCAGGUGAUCAAAAUGUUGGGAAAUGGACGGCUAGAAGCAAUGUGUUUCGAUGGUGUAAAGAGGUUAUGUCACAUCAGAGGAAAAUUGAGAAAAAAGGUUUGGAUAAAUACCUCCGACAUAAUAUUGGUUGGUCUCCGAGACUACCAGGAUAACAAAGCGGAUGUAAUUUUAAAAUACAAUGCAGACGAAGCCAGAAGUCUGAAGGCAUAUGGCGAGCUUCCAGAGCAUGCUAAAGUCAAUGAAACGGAUACAUUUGGUCCGGGAGAUGAUGAUGAAAUUCAGUUCGAUGACAUUGGAGAUGAUGAUGAAGAUAUUGACGACAUCUAAACUGAACUCAAGAUUUCACAUUCCAUCUUUCUCAAGAUUGCCCUACAAUUUGGAUUUUGGCCAUGACAAAGAAGAUUAAAAUUUCAUUAGCAUGAAUACAGUUUGUUAAAACAGACUGAUUUGUUCCUAAGGUAUUUUUAUUUCUUUUAAAACUGGUAAUGCUGAAUUAUCUUAAGUGAGAUGUUAAGCCCACUUCGCUCUUUUAAUAUAGUGGAGCUUAUGGGUAGAAGACCACGUCUACUAAUUAAAAAAAAAAAUAGAUUGCUGCUUUUCCUACCACUUCCAAUAAGAAAAUGGAUGUUUUAAAGAAAUAAUUUGCCUUGUCCUCGUUAUGGAAUAUGAUUAAGCCUGGCCUCUUGAUUGUAUAGAGCAUUGUGUAUAUUCCAAUUACCUAGGUAUUCCCUUUAGAUUUUGAUACAAUUUGAGGGAGGCAGAAAUGUGCAUUUGAAGUAAAAAAUAAGUCUUGUCAUAUUUAAGUAGUCUGUGGCUAUUUUUAUACUGAUUUUGAUAUCGUAUUCUUUUCAAAAUCGUAUUUUGCCACCAUAAUCAU